AUGAGCCGGCGGUGCUGCGUGUUGGUCUCGGGCGGGGAACGCCUGUUGAGCAGCGAUUUCGCGUCGGACUCUGUGCAAACGGCAAUUUUUAGAAUUUCGCGUCGCAAGGAUGCAGCUCGCAAGGCAGCGAGACGCAGCACAGCGCAACAGGCCUCCGAGAAUCCUCAGCUCCGAGCUGCUACGCAGAGUGCAGAGAGCCUCGGUCACCGAGCUCGCGGCUCAUCCGACUCGCCGUGCGUUGAGCUGUCACGCACUGGCACGCCCUCCUAUCCACACCAAUCCCAGCACACGCCUGCCUGCAUCGGCACCACCGAGAAGCUCGGCGUCCUCCUCCUCGUCGUCGCUUUCCUUCGCCUCCAUCGUCUUUGCCUUGGCUACCUCCCUCUCCCUCUCCUUUCCUCAUCAUUCAUCCUCUCCUGCGUCGUUGUCUGGGACGAACCAACGUCGCUUCCACCGCCAUCCUACAUCAGCGACAGCAUCGCCGGCGAUCGCACUUCUCGCACAGGGGCCUCUCCCUUUCUUCCUUCGUUUGAACCUUACCCUACAUCCUUGCCCACGGCUCCCUUCCCCACCUCGUAUACCUGGGACGACUGGAUCGACUCCACCACCCGCAACCCGCUUUCUUUCGCCCAACGUCGUCUCUUCGGACAACGACACGCGCGCACCCACACUCCUUUGCUCCCCGGACUCUCCUCUUUCCCCUCCACCGUCUCACUUCAUCUUGAGGCGCGGCUCACUUCCCCCACUGCGCUUGCGCCAGCUCCUCGCGACGGCAGUGCACGCCAACCAUCAGCCUCGCGCUCAACAGCCUCAGCCACCAUGCCGGCCAUUCAGCGCAACACCACCUUCACAAAGACCUUUAUCCGCAAACCGGGUCAGCGCAAUGACCAGUCAAUACCGCUCCAUACCGAGGCGCCGCCUCCGCUUCGACAGCCUACCCGCAUCGCUCGCGCAAAGACUCUCACGCGACCCGAGCGCAGCCAGCCCCAGGUCCCCUUGAUCAACCCCUCCAGCAGCGGGCCAGGCUUCUCCUCGGCCGCAAGGGAAAAGAGCACCUUCUCAUGGUGGACCGCCUUUUCCCUCGUCGCCACCUUUUGGGCGCCCAGCCCCGUCCUCAGCACCUGCUGCGGUCUCAGGGACAAGAUGAGCCGGCAGGCGUGGCGCGAAAAGGUCUCGCUCGUCUUCCUCGCCAUCCUCCUCGGCGCCUUUAUCGGAUUCAUCACCAUGGGCCUCAACGCUUCCCUCUGCCCCCAGGCCGCGAGCAACACCGCAAAGUCGCUCGUCAAGAUCGGAACCGGCGGCGCCGUCCUCGGCGUGCAGGGCUGGGCCAUCGACAUCACCUCGGCGCAUCAUCUGCCCGGAACAGAGGUCGCCGCGCUCUUCACUCUUUCUACCACCUGCUCCGGCUCCGACAUCUCGUCUCUCUUUACUCGCACAUCGAGCGUCAACUUUCCCGCCUGCCGCGGAUCCACCGCCGCCUACGCCGCCGACCCCAUCUGCAUGGCGCUCAACGGCACCGCUCUCCCCAACUGCCCGCUAGGCCCCAUGACCGACGCCACCUUUGCAACCUACGGCAUGCGCAACGAGUCGCGCAGGAUCGGCUACGGCUGGGAGGACAUCGAAAGCGGCAACUUCUCCAACUUUAUGGUGCUCGACGGCAGCGUACUCAACAUGACGCCCUACCUCCGAGCCAACCCGGCUCCCAUCCAAGGCGACGUCGUCGACCUUGCCAUCCGUCAGCAGCUCACCUCGGGCCUCAAGGGCGGCCGCGACUCUACCAUGAUGUUCUACACCAAUCCCACCGCUCGCAAAGCCAUCAAAUGUCUCGUCCAAAAGUAUGAAGCCGGAAACAUCGACAAGAUCACGCCGGGUUGCUUCAUCUCCAACCUUGUCCUCUACUGCUCGCUCGUCGUCAUCUUGGCCAUCGUCCUCAUUCGCUUCUUCAUGGCCGUAUGGUUCUCGUGGUUCAUGGCGGGCCGCAUGGCUUCCCCGCCUCGUUCGUCGCGCAGACGCAAGAUCGCUCCCAACGUCCUUCCCGACGGCGCCAUGACCUCUGUCAACUCGUCCGGAGCAGCGCCCUGGGCCAACAAGCAGCGUCCGCCACCGUCGCAGCCCGUGCGUCGUCGACGCGGCUCCAACGCCUCCGCCGCGCCCUCGAUCCCCGACAGCCUCUCGAUUCAGCACAUUGGCGGCGAGCCCUAUGUCGUCUGUCUCGUCACUGCCUACUCGGAGAACGAGGACGGCAUCUCGACCACCCUCACCUCGCUCGCCGAGACCGACUAUUCGGACCAGCGCAAGCUCCUCUUUGUCGUCGCCGACGGCAUGGUCACCGGAUCGGGCGAAGCCAUGAGCACUCCAGACGUCUGUGUCUCGCUCCUCGAGGCAGACCCGCGCUUUGGCACGCCAACGCCCAUGAGCUUCAUCUCGAUCGGUCAGGGCAAGAAGGAGCACAACAUGGCCAUGGUCUACGCCGGUCACUACACGCGCGCAAAGGGCCACCGCACGCCCAUGGUCGUCGUCGUCAAGUGCGGUGCACCCGAAGAGGCGAGCGACUCCAAGCCCGGUAACCGCGGCAAGCGUGACUCGCAGAUGAUCCUCAUGAACUUCUUCCAGCGCGUCACGUACAACGAUCGCAUGACGCCGCUCGACUACGACCUCUUCCGCAAGGUGCACACGCUCAUGGGCGUCACGCCCGACUUUUUCGAGCUGUGCCUCAUGGUCGACGCCGACACCAUGGUGUAUCCCAAGGCGAUGAAGACGCUGGCCAACUGCAUGAUGAGCGAUCCGCUCAUCAUGGGCGCGUGCGGCGAGACGCGCAUCGCCAACAAGACGCAGAGCUGGGUCACCAUGAUCCAGGUGUACGAGUACUUUAUCUCGCACCACCAGGCCAAGGCGUUUGAGUCGGUGUUUGGCGGUGUGACGUGUCUGCCAGGCUGCUUCUCCAUGUACCGCAUCAAGGCGCGCAAGCUCACCGACGACGACUGGGUGCCCAUCAUUGUCAAGCCCGAGGUGACGCGCGAGUACAGCCAGAGCAUCGUCACCACGCUGCACCAGAAGAAUCUGUUGCUGUUGGGAGAGGAUCGAUUCCUGACUACGACGCUGCUGCGCACCUUCCCGAACCGCAAGAUGGUCUUUUGCCCCGAGGCGCGCUGCAAGACCGAGGUGCCUCAUACGUUCAGCAUGCUGCUCUCACAGCGCCGCCGCUGGAUCAACUCGACGAUCCACAACCUCAUGGAGCUGGUGCUGGUGCGCGAUCUGUGUGGCACGUUCUGCUUCUCGAUGCAGUUUGUGGUGUUUAUGGAUCUGCUCGGCACGGCGGUGCUGCCGGUGUCGAUUGCGCUGACGUACACGCUCGUGGUGACGUACUGCCUCAACCCGCCGCACUCGUUUACGGAAGCGAUCCCGCUGAUGCUGCUGGUGGCGGUGAUUGGUAUGCCGGCGCUGCUGAUCCUGCUGGCGACGCGCAAGGUGGUGUACGUGCUGUGGAUGUUGAUCUACCUGGUGGCGCUGCCGGUGUGGAACUUUGUGCUGCCCGUCUACUCGUUCUGGCACUUUGACGACUUUUCGUGGGGAGAGACGCGCAAGGUCGAGGGCGAGGGCAAGCAGAAGGGCCACGGCGACGAGGGCGGCCAGGCGACGGGCAACAUGGUACCGCUGCGAAGGUGGGAGGACUGGGAACGCUCGCGGCUGCGCAAGAAGAAGCGCGAGGAGAAGCAGCGGCGCGAUCUCGAGCGCCAGUUUGGCGCGGGCUUCCACAACGACGCCGGCUCCGACGGCGAGAUGGAGCGCAAGGAGCCGGGCAUGCCGCUGUCGCGACCCGAGAGCGACUCGUUUAGCGACUCGGUGACGGUGAGCGACUUUGACGACGACAAGUGGGGCAACCAGAUUGGCGGGUACGACGAGUCGCUGCCGCCGCCCGUGCAGAUUGUGCGCCACUCGGUGUGGGUGGGCGACCAGGAGGUGGUGAUCGACACGGAGGACAUGGAAAAGAUGCUCGAGACCGGCUGGGACGACAAGGCCUUCCGCGCCAAGACGGUGGGCAAGCCGGGCGCGCAGCCGCAGUAUCCUUCGGCGGUGAACCGCCACCGACUGUCGCAGAUGGGCAUGUUCCCGCCGAACCGCAAUGCUCCCGCGGUGCCGGACAUCCCGUCGCGCUUCGGGCCUGCACCGGCGAGUGGCGGCGGCGUGUUCAGCAAGGGCGGCUACCAGCCGGGCAGCUACGAGAUGGAGCGUACGCCGAGCCCGGGCGAGUAUGCGAGCCUGAUGCGCGGCGCGCCGUCGCCGUCGUCGCCUGGCUUCCCGCCCAUGCAGCCGUACGGCCACUCGUCGGCGGUGGGCGGCCAGCAGCCGGCGACGCACGCGCGUCAGCGCUCGGGUGGAGGCACGCUGAGCAGCGCGCAGCAGCCGUACCAGCCGCCGCGUGGUACCGGCGGCGGUGGUGCGGGCCGACCGCCAGCCAACGGUCAGGGCCGUCCUGGCGCCGGCGCUGGUGCUGGUGUUGUUCUCCGCUGCAUUUUCGGGGCCAUCACCGUCACCACCACCGCGACCACUACCAUCACCAACACCACCACCACGCGUGGACAUCGCUCUUUCCCCACACCUCUUCUUGCGGUAUUGCGACCGGGGUUUGAUACGAUGGAUGCACACGACGAGGUGGAAGCGGGCUUCUUCGAGCGCGAACGCGAUCGACUCAUCCAAGACAUUUCCAAAGGCGUAGAGACGGUUUUGGGAAACGUGAAUGGGGUGAACCGCAAGCUGGAAGAGACGGUUUCGGUGGGCGACGAGUUUCACCCGAUCGCGCACUUGUGGUCGCGCUUUGCCGGGAUCAUGGCCGCCUCUGGAAUCCCGGAUCUGCACCCGAGCUACGAGGGCAACAAGGAGGAUCAGGGCGAGAUUCGAUUGGAUAGCGAUCCGAAUUUGCCCCCCGGUGUGGCACCUGAGGGAGGGGUAGGAAUGCACUCGGGUGCAGCGGAUGUGGAUGCUGCUGCCACAUUGGCGUGCACCACCGGCUCACGCGCACUCCUCAAACGCAUCCCGGACCAGCCUGCUCUUUGCAACAUCCAUGCAGAUUGCACGCAGCUUUCGCCUCGACCAUCUUGGGCAAUGUCGAUCCUUGCGCGUCGAGGUGUCAAAUCCCAAGCCUCGAGGAUGCAAACGCACUCGUGGUGCGCUCUGCCUUGGGCAGGUUGCGAUCUUGGUUUGCUCGCCAUCUCAACAACAGUCCACGCCGCUGCCAAAGCUGCCAUGCACGUCCUAAAUCCAACCGCAUCACUCGAUUCAAGAAUGGCGCGUGGCGUUUGGAUGCUGGCGCUCAACCGUCCAUGCUGA